AUGAGGGAGCGGCAGCAGAUGGCCAGCCGCCCCUUCACUCCGGUCGCCGUGGAGCUGAAGGUGGGCGAGGACCAGGAGGAGAUGACUUCUCCUGCGUUUGCUCCCAAAUCCUCAUCUGUCUACCCCGUCACAGUCGCUCUGCUGCUGCCACAAUCCUCCCAUAACUCGUCUUCUGUCCAUAACAGCAGCGCGAUGCCUCGUAAAGCUGAGGAAUCAUCUGCAGCACACCUUCCUCCUCCUCUCCUCCCCGUUGUCCUCCUUCUCCUCCGCCUCUUCCACCUCCCCCUCUUCACACUGGCCUCCUCAGAACCCACCGCUCCGAUCAGAACAGAUCAAUUUCACAUCCGCUGUUUUAAUGAGCCGUAUUUAUUCCCCAUAGUGGGCUUAAUGCACUUUGGGAGGCGGGGGAAGCGAGCACCAGGUUGUUCGGAUGGAAGCAUCGAGGAACACAGCAGAUAA